UCCAGUUUGCAGGGGGCAGAGGAGCUCGUUUUCAGUUGGUGCUGGGAGGAUGGAGGACAAGGAUUCUCAAGUCCUUCCCAAAUUCCAGUUCAGCAUUUCCCAAGACACCUUCUUGAGGAUGGAGAUAAGUAUUCCUCCAAAAAGGAGAAGAGAGGAGUUUCAUGGUUCAAGGAGUUAAACAGGGCUCUUGAAGCAACUGUUGUAGUCUGGACUUGGCAGCAAGCACUGGAAACCCCUCAGAGAUGAAUAAACUGAGGCCAGACUGAGGAAAUGGAUUGUGUGAGUUGACCUGGUGACAGAGUAGAGUGCUUGGAACAAUGGCUGGCACACAGUAGGUGCUUAACAAGUAGCUGUCUGAUGGCCCAGCAGCCCUGCCUGAGGGACUUGUGAACACCUGGACAUUUCAGCACCGGGCAUCUGGACAGCUCCAGACCUGCUGAACCCUUGGAGAGAGUCGGGGUGGGAUGACUGUGGAAGGUGACUUUGAAAGUGUGACCCCUGCCCUCAAGCUUGGAGCCUCUCAGCCUGACCUGUGUGGUCACUUGUUGGGGUUCAAGCCCUGCCCGCUCCAUUUCCUGCAAACCUCCCCCACCAAGUAUUUCCUUUUCCUUUGUGAGAUGAGCAAUUAUUUUGAUGUAUCUGUGAAGCACCCAGCAUUUCUUUCUCUUUGUCUCUUUAGCCCCUUAGUAUUUUUCUUUUCCCACACUCUCAGACUCUUCUUCCAUUCCUCUCCUUUCUCCAUUUCGUGCCCCUUCCCCUCUCCCACUGUCAUAUCCCUUCUUUGCUUUUGCCCCCAAUUUCUCUGUUCUCUUUAUCCCUUCCCUCCUCCCAUCCUCCUCAUCUCCCUCCUUAGAGAUGUCCUAUUUUUGCAGGAUUUGAUUUAUAGUAAAGAGAGGCAGCCUCCCUCUCUCCCUACUCCCUUUAUGAAGCGCACACGUGCGGUUUUACAUACACCUCCGCCUGCUAAUAUCCUCCCACUGGCUUAACCACCAGGAGACCAGCCCUCAACAGAUGAAAGCCCACAUCAGGCCUGCCUGCCUGCCCACCAGUCUGCUGCCUGGGAUGGCUCCGUGUGGGAGGGUGAUUCUGCCACAAAGGUCAGAAGCUGGUGGGUGGAUUUAUAGAUCCUCCCAUCUCCCCUGCAGUUCCUUUUGUGGGCAAUUACAGAUGAAUGAUUUUGAGCUGUGGUUCCUGAGACCGGGAGUGAGAUGAUUCACUGGUCUUUCCUAAGGGACCAGUUCUAGCAACUGGGUGAGGCUUGCUGAGUUACGAGUGCUCUAGGGCUGUCAUAUUCUUAUUACCUAGAGCAACAAUAGGAAUGAAGGCUCUCAGUUAAGGAUGGGAGGUGGUGCCUCUGCUUUUGCACCUGGCCUCUAUCAUCUCUGCAGCCCUAUGAAGUAGAUACUGUUACUAUCUCCACUUCAUGGUUCAGGAAACAGAGACACAGAGAGGGUGUCCCAGGUUACACAGCCAGUAAGUGGUGGAGCUGGAAUUCAAACUGGUCUGAUGGGCUCCACAGCAAUAUACUCAACUACAAGACUGUGCUACCAUCUCUCAUGUUCAAAGAAAGGUCCAGCUGGGUACAAGAUCGCUGCUUGUGGACCAAACAUUUUCCUGGUUACAUCACAGCUGACUGGGCUUUCCCCUAGGGGUUCCAUCUGGCACCUUGGUGGAAGCAGAGGUGCUAGAGAACUGUCCUUGUCUUGGAGGAAGAAGGCUUCGCAGGCAGUACAUCAGGAAGCUGAAAUGACAGCUGACUCAGCUUUCCAGAUGACCAGGCCUGAGAAGACAAAUAAGUAGAAAACAGUCAUGGAGCCAUGAUUGAUGUUCACAGCAAAGAUCUUAACUCAUCAAGAAAACAAUUUUGACAACUACUGUGUGAUAAGCACCUGCCUGCUGUGUGCCAGCUACCUGCAUGUGCAGCAUCUGCCACAACUCCAGCAGUCUGCAGGGGCCUCCUCCAAUACAAAGUAGGACAUCUGGGUCACAGAAGGAAAGUGACCUGCCAAGGUCACAGAGCAAGGUGAUGGAGGGGCUGUGGCUCACAUCCAGGCCUCCUGCACUUCCCAGUAUCCACAAUGGCACUCAGAAAAAAAGGUUUCAGUGAUGCUUCAUCUCUUUACUCUGGAGAGGGCAGUCCACAGUACAAAGAUUCUAUGCCAACAAGGUUAAAUUGUUGUGUUGGGACUUGAGGGUAGUACUAUCAGUUGGAUCAAAGUUCAUCCUGAUGGUCAAUGUUGUCAGGUAAGUGAGGCAUUACUGGGCUUUAAAGAGGUCCUACUGCUGUAAGUGGGCACAGCCCUGGGCUUGGUGGACAUGAAGCUCAUCUUGCUUGGGGGCUGCUGCACCCUUGCCUGUCCCUCUGCAGUCAGGCUGUGUGAAGAUAGACAGGGCCUGGCAGCAACCUGGAACCACCUAAAAGCAGCAAAUGCCAGCACAGGGAAGGAAAAAGUUUCUGAAACCUCUUCCUUGGCCCUGAGCCAGGCACCUGCCAUGGAUAGAAGACUACAGAAGCCCAGAGCAGACCUGGAUCAGAGACUCGGUCACCUCCACUGUUUCUUUCACAGAUUUAUCCAGGUCCCAUUGGAGUCUCACAAGACUUGUCAUCAAACCCAUCAAAUUUUCCAGAGGAAGAAAUCGAGGCUCCAGAACUAUAGAAUCCGUUUCCGUGCCUCGGAAUACUAGGCCGGCUCCCUGACUUGACAGAAUCGCGCCGGCAGCAGCGCCCCCUGCAGGCGGCGGCCCCUACGCCACGGUCAGCCCCGCCCCUCGGCGCCGGAAGCGCCCGAACGCGCCCUCCGGCCUCCGAAGAUUGUCGAGCGCGCUCCUCCAAAGUCCGCACUUGGAGAAGCCGAGCGCCCUACCUUUCGCCGGGACUCGACUUCCCGGCAGCCUUGGCGGCGUCGGGUCAGAGGCAUCGCCCGGGACCGCGGAAAGGUGGCAGCGGCUUUGGCUGCCGUCGUUUCCUUUGUUACCCUGGCCCCAGAUAAAGGACCAAAAUGACUGACUCAAAAUAUUUCACCACGACCAAGAAAGGGGAGAUCUUCGAGCUGAAGGCAGAGCUCAACAGUGACAAGAAGGAGAAGAAGAAGGAGGCAGUGAAGAAAGUGAUUGCAUCGAUGACUGUGGGCAAAGAUGUCAGUGCCCUUUUUCCUGACGUGGUGAACUGUAUGCAGACAGACAACCUGGAGCUGAAGAAGCUGGUGUACCUGUACUUGAUGAACUAUGCCAAGAGUCAGCCUGACAUGGCCAUCAUGGCUGUCAACACCUUUGUGAAGGACUGUGAAGACCCCAACCCCCUGAUCCGGGCUCUGGCUGUACGGACCAUGGGUUGCAUCCGCGUUGACAAGAUCACAGAGUACCUGUGCGAGCCGCUCCGGAAGUGCCUAAAGGAUGAGGACCCAUAUGUACGUAAAACAGCGGCUGUGUGUGUGGCCAAGCUCCACGACAUCAAUGCCCAGCUGGUAGAGGACCAGGGCUUCCUGGAUACCCUUAAAGACCUCAUCUCUGACUCUAACCCCAUGGUGGUGGCAAAUGCAGUAGCUGCCCUCUCAGAGAUUGCUGAGUCUCAUCCCAGCAGCAACCUGCUGGACCUGAACCCACAGUCCAUUAACAAGCUGCUGACAGCCCUGAAUGAGUGCACCGAGUGGGGCCAGAUCUUCAUCCUGGAUUGCCUGGCCAACUAUACGCCCAAGGACGACCGGGAGGCCCAGAGCAUCUGUGAGCGGGUCACCCCCAGGCUUUCCCAUGCGAACUCUGCGGUGGUGCUGUCUGCAGUGAAGGUGCUGAUGAAGUUCAUGGAGAUGCUGUCCAAGGACCUGGACUACUAUAGCACGUUGCUCAAGAAGCUGGCCCCGCCCCUGGUCACACUGCUGUCGGCCGAGCCCGAGCUGCAGUAUGUGGCUCUGCGCAACAUCAACCUCAUCGUGCAGAAAAGGCCAGAGAUCCUGAAGCACGAGAUGAAGGUUUUCUUCGUGAAGUACAAUGACCCCAUCUACGUGAAGCUGGAGAAGCUGGACAUUAUGAUCCGCCUGGCCUCCCAAGCCAACAUCGCCCAGGUGUUAGCAGAGCUGAAGGAGUAUGCGACAGAGGUGGAUGUGGACUUUGUACGGAAGGCUGUGCGAGCUAUUGGCCGCUGUGCCAUCAAGGUGGAGCAAUCUGCAGAGCGCUGUGUGAGCACUCUGCUCGACCUCAUCCAGACCAAGGUCAACUAUGUGGUCCAGGAAGCCAUCGUGGUCAUCAAGGACAUCUUCCGCAAGUACCCUAACAAGUACGAGAGCGUGAUCGCCACGCUGUGCGAGAACCUGGACUCGCUGGAUGAGCCUGAGGCCCGGGCUGCCAUGAUCUGGAUCGUGGGCGAGUAUGCUGAGCGGAUCGACAAUGCCGAUGAGCUGCUGGAGAGCUUCCUCGAGGGCUUCCACGACGAGAGCACCCAGGUCCAGCUGCAGCUCCUGACGGCCAUCGUGAAACUCUUUCUGAAGAAGCCGACAGAGACCCAGGAGCUUGUGCAGCAGGUCCUCAGCCUGGCCACUCAGGACUCGGAUAACCCAGACCUGCGGGACCGUGGCUACAUCUACUGGCGCCUGCUCUCCACGGACCCCGUGGCUGCUAAGGAGGUGGUGUUGGCCGAGAAGCCGCUCAUCUCUGAAGAGACGGACCUCAUCGAGCCCACACUGCUGGACGAGCUUAUCUGCUACAUUGGCACCCUGGCCUCCGUCUACCACAAGCCACCCAGCGCCUUCGUGGAGGGUGGCCGGGGCAUUGUGCACAAGAGCCUGCCACCCCGUACUGCCUCGAGCGAGAGCACCGAAAGCCCUGAGACGGCCCCUGCUGGGGCCCCCCCUGGUGAGCAGCCGGACGUCAUCCCUGCCCAGGGCGACCUGCUGGGUGACCUCCUCAACCUGGACCUCGGCCCCCCUGUGAGUGGGCCGCCCCUGGCCACCUCGUCGGUGCAGAUGGGAGCUGUGGACCUCCUUGGCAGCGGCCUCGAUAGCCUGAUGGGGGAUGAGCCUGAAGGGAUCGGGGCCCCCAACUUUGUGGCACCCCCAGCAGCAGCAGUGCCAGCCAACCUGGGAGCAACCGUGGGCAGUGGCCUGAGUGACCUCUUUGACCUGACCAGUGGCGUGGGCACCCUGUCAGGAUCAUAUGUGGCCCCCAAAACAGUCUGGCUCCCGGCCAUGAAGGCCAAGGGGUUGGAGAUCUCAGGCACCUUCACCCGCCAGGUGGGCUCCAUCUCCAUGGACCUGCAGCUGACCAACAAGGCCCUGCAGGUCAUGACUGACUUUGCCAUCCAGUUCAACCGCAACAGCUUUGGCCUGGCCCCCGCCGCCCCCCUCCAGGUGCAUGCACCACUCAGCCCCAACCAGACCGUGGAGAGCUCCUUGCCUCUCAAUACAGUGGGCUCAGUCAUGAAGAUGGAGCCUCUGAACAACCUCCAGGUGGCCGUGAAGAACAACAUUGAUGUCUUCUACUUCAGCACUUUGUACCCAUUACACAUCCUCUUUGUAGAGGAUGGGAAGAUGGACCGGCAGAUGUUCCUGGCCACAUGGAAGGACAUUCCCAAUGAGAAUGAAGCCCAGUUCCAGAUCAGAGACUGCCCCCUCAAUGCAGAGGCUGUGAGCAGCCGACUGCAGAGCAGCAACAUCUUCACGGUUGCCAAGAGGAAUGUGGAGGGCCAGGACAUGCUCUACCAGUCCCUGAAGCUGACCAACGGCAUCUGGGUGCUGGCGGAGCUGCGCAUCCAACCGGGCAACCCUAGCCUCACGGACUUGGAGCUUUCCCUGAAGUGUCGAGCGCCAGAGGUCUCCCAGCAUGUGUACCAGGCCUAUGAGACCAUCCUCGAGAACUGAGGCCCCGUCCAGCACCCACCCCGGCCUUCUGCCGGCCCUGUCGGUAGCCCCCUGGGAGUGGCAGCACCUCCUUCCGGAGAGGCUGAGCAGGGCUCCUGGCCACCCACGGGGCUCCCGGGACCCCCCUCUUCUGUUGCUGCCAACAUGUAGGGUCAGGUGAGGAGGGAACCCAAGGAGACCGAAGCCGGACAGGGGCACCCAGGGUUCUUCUCUUCCUUCCCUCAGGCCCUGAAGGGCGAGUGUGCCAUUCUCGCCUCAGGCUCCCAGCCCGGAAGCACCCCGCCCCUCGGCCCCUCUCGGGUUGGUGUAGAGGUCCCCCCCCCCACCGGCUCUGGUGGGGUGGGCCCGGCCGGGCACAUGGAGGGCCCCUUGGCACCAGGAGAGCUCCUCUGUCAGGGUCUGGGGCCCCCAUGGCUGCGCCCUCACCUCCCCCUCUGCAUCUGCCCAGGCUGGGGCCUGCGGGGACGCCAGCCAGGCUGCAGCCUCCCAAGUGCUGGUGCCCACGGGGGGGACCAGACCGAAGCUUCCAGAGUCCCUACCUGGGCUCUGUCCCCCGGCAGCGGCACACACUCUCCGCUCCUGCCCUUCCUGCCCCUGAGGAGGGUCGCUGCCUGUGUACACCCCACAGCGUGCCCUGGGCUCCUGAAGCAGCGCCCGGGCUGAGGGGCGGGGCAUCGGGCGAGCGGGGGCUUCCCGUCUAGGGUUUCUCCUUUGGUCCACCACCCCGUUCCUGGCCUCCCGAGUUCGGUUGUGUCUGACAGCAUUAGGUUUUCCUGUUACUGCUGUUUAAUAAUAAAGAAGGAUUCUGCUUUUGGCAA